AUGCAAACGCCCACCAAGCGAAAGCGCCGCACGCCGUCAAUGGCCCAGCGCGAGCAAAACCGCGAGCGGGCGCGCGCCUACUAUGAGAACCACCGCCCGAAGGUGCUCGCCAAGCUUAAACUCAAGUACGAGCAGAAGCGUAUUGAGAUCCAGGCCAAGCGACGGGAACGCUACUUUGAGCGCAAAAUGAGCCUCGCUUCCGGCUGCAGAGCACCAGCGCCAGAGCUCAAUCGGCUGUCGCUUCGAUUUAUUCUCAAUUAA